AUGGCGAAAAUAACAACCCCCCAUCUCGCCCUGCUUUGCGCAGCUCUAGCACCCACCAUCCACGCAGCCGUCACAUUCGCCAUCCCCAGCAAAUCCGGCGACGGAGACCUUUCCUACGCAUCCCUCGACCCGGCUCCCAUUGGCAUAUCGUUCGAGUUUUUCGCCUUCCCUGCAUACUUCACCAACGUCACUGCAACGCACCAAUGUCUUUCGAACUGGAAAGAUCUGACGGGAGUGUGGCCGCCCAUACGAAUUGGCGGGACAACACAGGACCGGGCGUCGUUUGAUGCGGCGUCUUCGGACUAUGUCACGUACUCGGUGGCCAGUCCGGCAGACGCGCCGAUGACGUUGACGUUUGGGCCCCGGUUUAUGACCCUCGCUGGCGAGUAUGAGGGGAGUGUGGUGGUUGGGUUGAAUAGGGGGAAGAAUGAUAUUGAGAAUACCAUUGCCGCUGCUAAAGUGGCUGUGGAUGAGGUGACGAAUCUGCUGGCUAUUGAGCUGGGUAACGAGCCUGAGUAUUAUCCCAAAGACGGCCAACCCAUUGCCCAAGGUGCCUGGGACCCUUUCACCGACGCCACAUCGCAAAUCGACUGGAGCACCCGCGUCAGCAGCGCGAUCGGCCGGGACAACAUCAUCCAAGCCGGCAACUGGAAUCAGGCACCGCCCGACUGGGGUGCCGCGCAACUCAUCGCCCAACAGACACCCGAAUCCGAAAAGGCGAUCCGGCAUUACGCCCAUCACAACUACCCCGGCGGUGACGUCCAGAAACUCCAGACCCAUUCCCAGACCGCAAGCAACAUCCGAAGCAUGUUUGCAGACGACACAGCUGCGGUCCAGAAACAGACUGGGAAAGAAUACGUCCUGGGAGAAACCAACUCAGUCUCCGGCGGGGGCGCAGCCAACGUCUCCCCGACCUUCGGCGCCGCCCUCUGGACCCUCGACUACGCGCUCCGCGCAGCCUCAUCCCCGACCCGCAUCGCCCGCAUCUACUUCCACCACGGCACAGUCGGCAACUGCCAGUACUGUUUCUGGGGCCGCUACUCGAUGGGCGCGCCCUACUACGGCGCGACCGCCGCGGUGGCUUUCACUUCGGGCGCUACGACGCUGGCUGCGUUGGAUCCGGAGGGGGGGAGUAAUUAUGGGGGGUACGUUGUUUUUGAUGGAGGGGAUGGUGCAGAGGGUGACGAAGGGGGGAAGCCGGUGAGGGUGUUGUUGUUGAAUUCGGAUUAUUAUACGGGGAGUGGGGAGAGGGGGGUGCAGGAGUUUGUUUUGACGGGGUUGGAUGGUGGAGAGGUGGGAGGGACGGUCAAGGCGAAGAGGUUGACAGGGGCGAGUUCGUUGGCGAGGGUUGAUCGAGGGGAUAAGGUGUCGUUUGGGGGGCAGACGUUUACGGAUGGGACGUGUGUGGUAAGUGGGGAGGAGGUGUGGGAGGAGACUGCGGUGGUGGAUGGACGGGCGACGUUUGAGGUGAAGGCUGCUGAGGUGUUGGUGGUGUAUUUGUAG